AACAUCUAAGAAGGACCUUAUUGAGUACGAGCGGCGAAUGGUGGUGCUAAAGUAUGACGGUUCCAUUCUUCAAUCCAAUCUCCAGGGUAACAGCGAAUGGAAGUUGGUGUCUCUAACAUCCAAGAUAACCCUCGACACAACUUACGAGGAAGGUGAUUUCCAAAUGCUGGAAUUUUCUGUCACGCUACGUCGGAACUCACAGUUCUACUCGUUGGCCAUCGUUAUUCCAACAUGUGUCUGCACCUUCCUCUGCAUCAACGGUCUCUUCUUGCCCACCGAGACCAGUGGGUUGAACAUAGAAAAGAUCCACUCAAAUGACACCUUACCUGCAGACGAUUACGUCUUUCUGCGGGAGAUGGCGUCCGAUUCCCGUCUUGAGCGAAUGUGGGCUCGUAUAUUUGAUCGAAUCAAUGCAGAGUGCGAUGCUCCUCCACAGUCAAGUGGGAUUCGGACUUCGUUGGCUCUGUUAUA